AUAAUGCCAUUAAUAUAUUAUUUUCACCAAAUAGAAAAUAAUAUACGGCGGACAAUUUCAUAAUAAACAGUGUUGUGUGACAAUUUUAUGUGUACUUCACGAUGGGCAAAUAUCAUUAAAGUUAAGCGAGUUGGUUUUAAUUAGUUUAAUAGCAGUGUAAGCAUCAGGAAGAGUAAAUAUUGUGGCUAAAACAACGAAGGACAGUAUAAUAAUCGGUGGAUACUUUAAACAUGGAAUCGGAAGAGUUUCUUAAAAGUAACAUUAAAAAGGGAAAAUGGCGUCUUUGGAACAUAAGCAUAUCUAUUCUGGUCUUUCUUACACUCUACAACAUAUUUCUAACAGUAAAGUUAAUGUUCUCAACCUCCUGUACCGACGCACCUUUAAAACCAGUACUAAACAUUAUUCAGAAAGAUCUCGAUUGCCAAAAUAAAAAUUUACACCGUCAAGACGAUAUAUUAAAAAAGGAAAAAGAAAGGGUACUCAACAAGACUCUCCACCAAAAUACCGAUGAUUAUUUAAAGGAAUUUCACAUAAACCACAAAUACUCCCUGAAUCUCGACUUAGAUCUGGGUAGAUCCGAUAACAAGUUGAUGUACAGAUUGUACGAUAAUAUUAUUGUUGGAGAAAAAUACACACAACUUACUAAAGCCUAUAAAACGUGCCUAGCAGCGCAAACCUCAUUGGAAAAAAUUGCCUCUUUAAUCGAGAGUAGUUUAUAUUGGGGAGGACCGAUAUCUGUAGCAACCUUUGCUGCCACGGAAAAAGAGUUGAACCUUCUCCUCUUAUAUAUUCUUUAUUUGAGAAAGUGUAAUUUGAAGAUUAGAGAAAAGGUGAACUUCCAUUUAGCAAUGAUAGAGGAUAAAAGACCGAAGAAGUUUUUCAUAGAUGAGGAAAGACUACAGAAAUUGGAAUGCGAUAAUCCAAUGGGAGUUUUGAAUCAUUUAUUGAGAGAAUCAAAUAAAAUACGGGUAAACCAUUGGAGAUACAAGUUGCCCUACCCACAAAAUUUAGUAAGAAAUCUAGCACGAAAGAAUUGCCAUGGCAAAUAUGUUUUCCUAACUGAUGUUGAUAUAAUUCCUAGUAGAGAUAUGGCAGAAAAACUAAACCAAUUUCUGGACACCCAGAAAUGUGAUGGCAAGUGCGCCUACGUAGUGCCAACUUAUGAAUUGGACGAAAGAGUAUUGUUUCCGCCAAAUAAGACUGAUUUGAUCCGAAUGGCCAACAAGGGCCUAGCCAGGCCUUUUCACCAUAAAGUAUUUAUUUAUAACCAAUACGCUACCAACUUUACAAGGUGGCAAAGUUACAAGGACCCAGAUGAAAAAAUUAGAAUAAGUCAUCGUGUCACCAAUUUUGAAUUUCUUUAUGAGCCUUUCUAUAUUGCAAUCGAUACAGUUCCGCCACACGACGAAAGAUUUGUAGGCUAUGGGUACACCAGAAAUAGUCAAGUUUACGAGAUGUAUGUAGCAGGCUACGAAUUCUUCGUACUCUCGCCGAUUUUUACGUGCCAUUGGGGUCUUCAAGUAAAAAGGACGCGUCCCCCUUGGAGAGAACACCAAAACAACCAGAACAGAAAGCAAUUCGACAGUUUCAAAAAAGAAAUCUUUGCACGAUAUAAUAAGGAUCCUUUACAUAUGAUGUCACCAAAGUAAAACGAUAUUUUAUGAUUUUUGUACGUAUUUGUCUCGAAAAUAAAAGUUUACUUUUUGUUAA